AUGGAAGAUGCCCCAACCUUAGUUUCAGGCUGGGCAUGGCUUCCAAGCAACAUUCUGGAUUUGAUUCUAGAAAAGUUGAUCCCAACGUCUAACUAUAUCCGAUUUAGUGAGGUUUGCAAGCAUUGGCAAUCAGUCGCUUUACAUCGCAAGAAGCAACGCAUCAAAUCAUGUCACAAGCAGAUUCCUAUGCUCAUAAUUCCCACCAUAGACAGUAGCAGUGAAAGGCGUGGCUUGUAUAGUGUGACACAAGGUAAGACUUGUAGCUUUGAGUUGAACGUGUAUUACAGGUGUACCAUUAGCCUUCCACCAGUCCCCAAAUCCACUUGGAGAUCGACGGUAGCUUAUAGAUGUGAUUACUACAUUAAUAAAGUUGAAUUGUCUGCAGACCCUUCUUUUCUUCCUAAUGACUAUGAAGUAUUGGUCAUCUAUGAUGGCUAUGGGAAACAAAUAGCCCAUUUUAAGUCAGGGGACGAUGCUUGGACUAGCAUAGAUCAAUUGAUCGGAUUCGAUGAUGUAAUUUACAAUAAAGGCCAGUUUCUAGGUGUUAGUUUGGGUGGUAGUGUUUUUUCGAUGAAUGUUAGCAGGGAUCAAACUACCGAACCCCAUGUAAGCUUACUUGUGCCAAUGGAUCCAGACACUGACAAUAAAUCAUACCUUGUGCAAUCAUCCAAGGGAGAUCUUUUGCUGACUCUGAGCUUCAAGGUUUUUAAGCUGUUCAGUGCUCAUGGGGAGAGACCCCAAUGGGUUGAGAUUGAAAGUAUUGGAAAUGAAGCUCUGUUUUUGGGUACCAAUCAAUCCAUUUGUGUCUCUGCGCUGGACUUUCCAGGUUGUCAGCCAAAUUCCUUAUACUUCACUGAUGAUUGUGUGGAUGUGGAAUACCAUAAACCUAAAGGGCCUCAUGACAUGGGUACCUUCGACUUGGAAAAGAGAAGCAUGGGAACACAUUACUGCUUGGAUCGUUCGCAGAAGCACGUGCCACCAACAAUUUGGAUCUUGCCCUCUAUGGUGUGA